AUGAUUUCAGGAUUAUUCAUAUUCGAUGGCAAGGGGGAUGUUUUGAUGUCCAAGAUAUAUAAAGAAGGAAUCAAGAGGAAUGUCUCAGAUGUAUUCAGAAUUCAGGUGAUCAAUUCGAAUAACAAAUUAGGUAAUUCCAAAGAAGUACGAUCUCCCAUCUUAACCUUAGGUUCAACAUCGUUUGUCUAUAUAAAAUCCGGUAAAUUAUGGAUCGUUGCAGUAACAAGAUCCAAUCAGGACUGUUCUACCAUUCUCGAGUUCAUCUAUAAGUUUGAAAACAUCUUGAAAAUGAUGGUUGCAGAGAUAAAUGAUGAAAAUAUCAUAAAUAACUUCUUUCAAAUAUACCAAAUAUUGGACGAAAUUGUUCAAUUCGGCUAUCCAAUCAAUUUGGAACCAGGAUACAUCAAAAGCAUUUUACCCAAUGCUACUAUUGGUGAAACCAAACUCAUCAGAAGGAAAUCUAAUGGACUGUCGUACGUUUUGAAUCAUAAUAAUAAAAGUAAUGAAAUUUUGAAUAAAGCAUUAUCAACCAUAACUUGGAGACCCCAAGGAAUCAAAUAUAGAAGAAAUGAAAUAUUUUUGAAUGUGGAAGAGAAAAUUAAUGUAUUGACUAAUGAACAAUCGGAGAUCUUGAGGUCUUAUGUGGAUGGAAAAAUUAUGAUGAAAACUCAUUUGAGUGGUAUGCCAGAAUGUAAGUUCGGUCUUAAUAAUGACGAUUUGGUCUUAAAUGGAUUACCAGGGAAAGAAAACGAUGGCAAUUCUGAUUCUGUGGUUCUUGAAGAUUGUAAAUUCCAUCAAUGUGUGGAGUUAGACAAAUUCACUGAACAAAGAGUUAUACAAUUCAUACCCCCAGACGGAGAAUUCCAACUCAUGUCAUAUAAUUGUAGACUGAGUAUCAACUUACCUUUCAAGGUUACUGCUCAAGUCCAACAAUUUGGGUCAAGGAAAGUUCAAUAUAAACUACUGAUAAAAUCUUUGUUCCCAUCAAAAACAUCAUCAACAAACGUUCAAAUCAAAAUUCCUACUCCAAAUGGAGUAUUAAAACAUUAUGCAUCUACCACACAUGGGAAAACCAAAUUUCACCCGGAAGAUAACGUUCUUGUUUGGAAAUUUAAUAAAAUGUUUGGUGACAAUGAAUAUGUGUUGACCGCCGAAGUGGAACUAACGGAAUUAGAGGGUAAUAGAUUGAUCAAUUGGUCAAGGCCACCAAUAAAGUUAGAUUUCGUCAUCGACAUGUUCUCAUGUUCAGGAUUGUCAGUCAACUAUUUGAGAAUUGAUAAAGCUAAUUAUAAAACAGUCAAAUGGGUCAAAUACUCCACACAAUCAGGUUCUUAUGAUAUACGAUAUUAA